GGAGCUGUCCACGGCAGUCGGUGCUGGACUGUUUUCCUGCUGAAGCCGCUUCUCUCCCUCCGGUCCCCCAGAAACCGACGGGAGCGAUGGAGGAAGAGUUAAAAUGCCCCGUUUGCGGUUCCCUGUUCAAGGACCCGAUCCUGCUGCCCUGCUCCCACAAUGUGUGCCUGGCCUGCGCCCGGAACAUCACGGUCCAGACCCCGGAGGGAGAGACCCCGGUGCAGAGCCGCGCGUCGGGCAGCUCCGACUACGACUACCUGGACAUGGACAAGAUGAGUCUGUACAGCGAGACCGACAGCGGGUACGGGUCCUACACGCCGUGCCAGCUCAAGUCUCCAAACGGGGUGCGGGUGUUUCCGCCGGUCAACCCGCACCGACACUGCUCCCUCACCUGCCCGCUGUGCCACCGGAGCGUCUCCCUGGACGAGCGGGGGCUCCGGGGUUUCCCUCGGAACCGGCUGCUGGAGGCCAUCGUGGCGCGGUACCAGCAGAACCGCGCCGCCGCUUCCUCCGCCGCCGCCGCCGCUGCCGCCUCCUCCACCGCGGUGAAGUGCCAGCUGUGCGACCGCAACCCGGUGGACGCGACGGUGAUGUGCGAGCAGUGCGACGUCUUCUACUGUAACGCCUGCCAGCAGCGGUGCCACCCGUCCCGCGGUCCGCUCGCCAAGCACCGCCUGGUGCCGCCGCGGAGCCAAGCGGCGGCACCAGGCGCGGCAGGAGGCGGCGGUGGUCAGCUGCCGCCCGCCACCGCGCGGAAACCGGCGACCUGCGUGGAUCACGAGGCGGAAAACUUCAACAUGUACUGCUACAGCUGCAAAGCUCCGGUGUGCGGGAAGUGUCUGGAGGAGGGAAAACACAACAAACACGACGUCAAACCGCUGGCUGUGAUGUGGAAACAACACAAGUGCCAGCUCUCCCAGGCCCUGAACGGUGUCUCAGACAAAGCUAAAGAUGCGAAGGAGUUCCUGGUUCAGCUCAAGAACAUGCUGCAGCAGAUACAGGAGAACGGCGUGGAGUUCGAAGCCUGCCUCGUGGCGCAGUGUGACUCUCUGAUCGAGGCGCUCACCAGACAGAAAGCCAAGCUGCUCACCAAAGUCACCAAGGAGAAGGAGUACAAGCUAAAGGUGGUGCGUGACCAGAUGACCCACUGCACCAUGAAGCUCCGUCAGACCACCGGCAUGAUGGAGUUCUGCCUGGAAGUCCUCAAAGAGAACGAUCCCAGUGGAUUCCUCCAGAUCUCAGACGCUCUCAUCAAGCGGGUGACAUCGUCUCAGGACCAGUGGGUGAAAGGUGCCCUGGAGCCAAAAGUAGGCCCUGAGUAUGACCUCACCCUCAACACCGACUCGCUGCUCCAGACCAUCCUGAUGCUGGACUUCUGCCAGGGCAAAGACUUCCAAACCAACGUCAUAUUUCCAGAUGUGCAGGAGAAUCCGUUAUUGAAACAAAUGCAGGCAGCAGACAGUGGUGAGGCUGAGAUGGAGACAGAGAGCCCAGGAGUGGAGUCUGGACCCUCGGUGCCGGUGGCUCCCCUCCUGCAGCUGGAGAAGUGCUGCACCAGGAACAACAGUGCAACUCUGGCCUGGAGGGUCAUUGCGCCCCCUGGCAGCCCCAUCGAGGGGUACAUCCUGGAGCUGGACGACGGCAACGGAGGGCAGUACAGGGAGGUGUAUGUGGGGAAGGAGACAGUGUGUACGGUGGACGGCCUCCAUUUCAACAGCUCCUACAACGCCAGGGUGAAAGCCUACAAUGCCAUCGGCGUGGGGCCGUACAGCAAGACCGUGGUGCUGAAGACCUCUGAUGUGGCUUGGUUCACCUUUGACCCCACCACGGCUCAUCGCGACAUCGUUCUGUCCAACGAGAACCAGACUGUCAGCUGCAACAGCUACGACGACCGCGUGGUUCUGGGAACCGCCGCUUUCUCCAAGGGCACCCACUACUGGGAGGUGAGAAUCGAUCGCUAUGACAACCACCCGGACCCCGCGUUCGGCGUGGCGAGGAUCAACACCAUGAAGGACAUGAUGCUGGGGAAAGACGACAAGGCGUGGGCCAUGUACGUGGACAACAACCGCUCCUGGUUCAUGCACAACAACUCCCACACCAACAGGGCAGAGGGAGGCAUCACUAAGGGCUCGACUGUGGGGGUCCUGCUGGAUCUGACCAACCACACACUGACUUUCUACAUCAACAAGGAGCAGCACGGACCGACUGCCUUCGAGAGCCUGGACGGGGUCUUUGUUCCUGCUGUCAGCCUCAACAGAAACGUACAGGUGACCUUACUGACGGGCCUGCAGGUGCCAAAGAAUACCAAGCAGUAGGACAUCCCUCCUCCCCUCCGAGCGUGCCCUGGAUACCAACCAACCAACCAACGAUGUCAGCCUCGGUUCGCUCGCACACAGACCUUUUCCAGUCACGUCAGACGGCAUUAACCCGGCUCACCGUCCCGCUCAAGGUGCCCUCUGCGGUGGAUCCAAUGUGAAACCCUGCUCCAUUAUUCGGGACAAA